AUGAAAGUCAAUGAACAAAGAAUAAGGAUCAAGGCAAUCUAUAAAAGCAUGAAUGAUCCCAACAGGAGCAUUGGAAUGAAUUCAGUGACGUCUAGCAGACUAGGCACUCGUGCUUAUGAUGACCCAUCAGGCAGGGUUAACACAACUCAGGAGCAGAGCACUGCUACUAAUUUAACCUAGUCUAAAAACAGAGAUAAUGUUAGCACCAGAGGGGGUAUGUCCUUUGGAGGGAGGUCGGAAUUCGAACACCUGGAACCACCUUUUCUAAUCUUACAAGAUUAGGAGUCUUUGAAUCACUUCAUGUCUAAGUAGCGCAAGAUGGUGAGUUCAGUAAGUUCCAAGUACCUCAAUUAUAAUCCAUUGGGCAAAAACACACAAAACAUUGGUGAUGGAGUCUCUACUAUCAGAGGGGAAAACGACAGUCCUAAUAAAAUUGGGAAUUACAACGAGUACCAGCAUAUCUACAAUGAUCAUCAAUGCAAUGAGGCCAAUGUUGCUUGGAUUACUCAACUAAGGGAAAAGGAAAAUAAAACAUAGCUUGGCCAAUCUAAGAUUCUAAUCGAUAAUGACAAGUAAAGUACCAUCCAUGAGUCAUCCCCACCAAGUGUUUAUUAUAAGAGCAAUGGUGAGAACUGUGUAAAGAGAGUGACUGACUUUGAGUACAAAGGGAAUCACUUAGAUGUUACACAUUUGACAACUAAGAGAAUAGGUCCUACUCCCAACAUAGGCCAAGUUAACUUUGAGACUAGUCUGAGGAAGUAUCUAUCCUAAAAGGAUUUGAAAUCAAGCAUCAUUGAGGAAUCUAAGAGAGAUCCUAGGGAAAGAACAAGUUAAGAUUAAAUAAAAAAUGAAAAAGCCUAUUACACUAACAAUAAAAAUAGCAACUCAAGUUCGCUUGAGAGAGCUGAAAGCAGCAAAGAUUUUGUGACUAUCUUUCCCAAGUAAAAGAGCAUUCUCUCUUAAUAUGCUCCGACAUUCCUCCCACCUAUUGGACCUGCAGCUAAAAGAUAAUAUGAUAAGUUAGAUGUCAUACUUGAAAAGACCAAAACUUUAGUAAAGGGAUUGCACAAGAAGCCAGAAGCAUUGUAACUAGUGUCAUCUUUUGAAGGUUUUCACAAGUCGAUGCCAAAGUUUACUGAUAAGAUAGAGACUGCUCACGACUACAACUAAAUUAGGCAUCUAAUGAAAGCCAAUAAAAAGAUGUCUUAGGUGCUCUGGGAGCUGAGUUUAAGACCAGAUGCACAUAAAAAGGAUGAAAUUGAGGAGAAUAGAAGAAAAGAGCAAGCACUAUUGCACAGAAAGAACAUACAGUACUUCUCUGAACCUAAGAGAAGAUCGAAGCCUCAGAAUAAUUUGCAAAGUCAACAUCUCGCUUGCAAAUAGCUGCCUCUCAGAUUCAUAAAUUUCAACAACUUGCCAGCAGUUUAGAGAAUGCAAAGUUUUUACUAAGCACCUCAGAGAAGCUUUGUCAAGUCGAUGGAAGACAGAAAGGAAGAACAGGAGAUAAAGGCUUUCCAAGACGAUAUUACAUAUUUCCUCAGCAAAGAGUCAUUCAGUUUACACGAUUUCCAUGAAAGAGUUCUACAUGGUCUGAAGUAAAAAUCAACCUUCAAGGUCAUGAUCUGGGGAGAUGAUGCAGAAAUGAAGAUUCUUGAGAACCAAAAUAAGAUCUGUAGUGCUAUGCAUGAUGAGGAAAAGAAUAACUCCAAGUCUAUUUCAAUGGAUUAGAAGAGAGAAAUAGCAGAGACUUGCCAGUUACAGCUGAGCGAUGUUUAGGAUGUGCUUCAUAAAUACAUGCAGAUGCAGCAGUUCCAUCUUUGGCUCAAGGGAAAGCAAUAGAGAAAGGAACCGAUGCCUGAAACCAGAGAUGAUCUGAUGGCUAUGUAUAAGAUCGAGAGACCAUCAUUCUUAAUGCCAAAAAAGCAUCAGGGUGGCUCUUAAAAGAGACAAAUGAAGUACUACUUGAGAAGACAUCGUACAUGA